AUGAUGAAGACUAUGGUUUAGAUUUUGACGGUAGUUUAGAUAGAUUAUUGAAAUUUAUGCAAUAUCUUAACAAUAAGAAAAAAGGCCUUAGUGGCAAAAUUCCCCGAGCCGAUUUUAUUUCUAAAAUAAAGGAAUUGGUAGCGGAAGUAGAACAGUUGAAAGCGGACAAAGACCAAUUAGCCACUAAAAAUAAGGAAUUACAAAGUAAUCUUUCAAAUUUACAAAAACAGCAAUUGAGUGAAAAAAAGACUACUGAAGAAAAAUUGAGACAGAUAGAAGCGAAAUUAAUUGAAGUUGAGAAACGACCAACUUCCGAAGAAUUAACAAAAGCGGUUCAGGAGGAAAAAGAGAAAUUUAAGGAUUAUAUUAAAUUAACUCCCGAAGAACAAGAAAAACUAAAUACUUAUGAAAGUCUAAAAGCCGAAUCAGAGCAAUUAAAAAAAGAUUUAGUCUGUUCUAAAUCAGACCAGCCAGAAGAAAGCAAAACUUCAAUCGGGCAGAAUGAAAAAAUCCAUGAAGAAGAAUAUAUAAAAAAGAUUGGUGGGUUAUUAGCAACCAUUAUUAAGCCUUUAUAUUUAGAAUUAGAAGAACUAAAAAAGCAACUGGCUAAUAAUAGUUUACCAACAACUAAUUCAGAAACAUCUUUGCCUGCUGAUUAUAAAGAAAUAAAAGAAAAAAAGGAAGAAUUUGGAAUUAACCGCAAAUUUUUUGAAGACUUGAUUGAAAAUAGUAAUCUUUCCGAAGAAGAUAAAAAAAAGAUUGGCGAAUUUAAAGACUUUAAAAAUGAUACAGUAGGAGAAGUCUUAAAAGCCGGAGAGAAAGACAAAAUAAAAGAUUAUGAUAAAUUAAAUGAAGAAAUUAAGGAAUUAGAACAAAAACUAACUAAAACCGAAGAGGAAGCGAAACAAAAGAUCCAAAAUCUCGAAAAUGAUUUAGACAAAUCGGUUCAAGAAAAUCAAAAUAUCCUAAAAAACCGAGAAUUAGCAGAAGUCCAAGAAGAAUUAGAAGAAUUAAGAAAAAGACCCGACACUACUAUUUCUACCGAAGAAUUUUAUAAUAAUUACGCCAAAAGAAAGAGUAACGAGCAGGAUGAGUUAGAUAAACAAGAAUUAGAAAAGGAAAGGGAAAAGUCAGCCAAAUUAGAACAACAAAAUAAUUAUUUUUUACAACAGGCUAACCGCAUUUUGGAAAACGUGCGAAUUAAAAGGUAUGCUUUAGACGAACCAGUUAUUACCAUCGAAAAAGCCCAAGAAAAAAUUGCUAAAUUAUUAGAGGAAAAGGAAAAAGAACUGGAAGAUUAUUUGCAAGGCGAUAAUUCUUCUCGGUUUGUUGAAAAGAUAUUUAGAAGUUGGGGAGCCAGAGCCGGCUUUGUAAUGAAUAAGGAACAAAAAGAAAUAAUUAGAGAAUUAGCCGAAGAGGGACAAAAAUUAGAAGAAAUAAUUGAAGAACUUACAGAAACUGACAAAACAAUUUUAAAAAUGCUAAUCGCAAAAAAGAAUCCAAACUUUGUGAAAUCUGUUCGCAAUUUAGACAAGAUAAUUUUAAAUACUCUCGAAUUUCGAGUAGAGGAUUUAAUACCAACAGGAUUUAUCAAAUACCCAACGAAAGAGGAUAAAAAAAAGAGUAUUUGCAUUAAUGGCUCAGAUUUUUCAAGACGUUUAACUAUAUCAGAUUCAUCAAGAUCUUUAACUAAAUUAAAUGUUAAUGGUUGCAUCAAUUUACAAGAUUUGUCCCUUCCCAAUAAUAAUUUGACUGAUCUAGAUUUUUUAAGUGAGUUGCCUAAUCCAGAAAAAUUAAGUAAUUUAGAGAUUUAUAAUAAUAACAUUAAGCCAACCAAUAUUGCUAUUUUCAGCAAAUUUGUUAAUUUAUACCGUUUGAAAAUAGGAACCAUGCUGAGUAUUUUUGGAAGAAAACAUAACAAAUUCUACGGCUCUUUUGAAACACAAAGGAAAUGGCAGAAGAGAACAAAAAACGCAACUUUGAAAGAAUGGGGGGAUAUAGCAGAAUUGAAUGUUCUCCCCACAACACUAAUGCAAAAUAAAAUAACCGAAACCAAAACCAACGAACCACGAGCAGUUAAGAGAAUUAAAAGACUAGAAAUGAAAUUAGAUAAUUUAAAACUGAUACAAGAGAAUAUAAGUAAUCAUGCUCUUAUUGAUAAAUUACAAGAAAAAGAAUUAGCGAUUGAUUCAGAAAUUAAGCAGUUAAAUCAGCAAAUGAAUACGGCCAUUACUGCUAAAGAACAACAAAUAGAGAAUUUAAGAAAGACCAAAGACAAAAUAAUUAAAAAUUUAGAACUGCAAAAAACCCAAGCCGAGCAAGAAAUAAUUAGUAAAAAUGAUCGGAUCACCCAAUUAGAUGCCGUUGUUAAGGGAAGUGCUCUUAUCUUUCAAAAUCAACAGCAAAUUAUUGAUGACUUAAUCGCUAAAUUAGAGGAUGAAAAAGAAAAAAAUAAAGAUAAUGCUGAAUAUCAAAAGCAUGUUGUAUCAGAUAUUCGCC